AUGCCCAAAGAAAAUACUACUACUACUACGAUUGCUCCCACCACCAGUCGAAAAACUAGUGUUGUGGAUUCAGAAAAUAAGUUUGCUGGUUUACAGCUAGAAGAAUUCAGCGGUAAAUUAUAUGAGUUAUGCAAAGAUCAACACGGGUGUCGUUUUCUUCAGUUAAAAUUGGAGGAAUCCGCCAGCCAUGUCACGAUGAUUUACAAUGAGAUUCAUGUGCAUUUUGUGGAUUUGAUGACGGAUCCGUUUGGCAACUACUUGUGCCAAAAGUUAUUAGAACGUUGUGAUGAUGGACAACGUUCGAGUAUUGUAGAGGUGAUUGCGCCGCAGUUUUUAAAAAUUUGUCUCAGUAUGCAUGGCACAAGAGCCGUACAAAAACUGAUUGAAUUUCUUUCUACCAAAAGACAGGCAACUGUGAUUGUAGCGUUGGAGCCAAAUGUGGUAGCAUUAAUUAAAGACUUGAAUGGCAAUCAUGUUAUCCAGAAAUGUCUACAUAAAUUAAGUCCUGAACAUAAUCAGUUCAUUUAUGAUACGGUUAGUCAACAUUGCAUCGAAGUUGCUUCUCAUAAACAUGGUUGUUGUGUUUAUCAACGCUGUAUUGAUCAUGCCGUGCAAUCACAAAAGACCCAGCUUGUAAACGUAAUUACUCAAAACGCAUUACCUCUGGUCCAAGAUCCUUUUGGGAACUAUGUUGUACAAUAUGUAUUAGAAUUAGGUGAUGCCAAAUAUUCGGAUAAUUUAAUACGCCGAUUUAUUGAGCCUGUGCGUGAAUUAUCUGUACAAAAGUUUAGUUCCAACGUCAUUGAAAAGUGUAUCCGUGUUGCAGAGAAAGACACCAGGAGAUUGCUGAUUGCGGGAAUCAUCCAACAUCCUAAUAUGGAAAGGUUUUUGCGUGACUCUUAUGCAAAUUAUGUUAUUCAGACAUGUUUGGAUUCGGCUGAAGAAGAUCAAAGAAUGCAGUUUAUUGAAUGUAUUCGUCCUUUAUUACCUUCCAUUCGCAAUACCCCCUACGGUAAACGUAUCUACAGUAAGAUCCAUUCUGCUCGCAAGUAA